AUGUCCAAAAAAACAGCAAUUGAAGCAUUGGAUGAUUUGUUAAAAGACCUCAUGGAUUCAACUCAAAUUUUUGGGGGAAAAAUUGUUGUCCUUGGAGGAGAUUUUAGACAAACACUUCCAGUAGUUCGAAAGGGAGCAAAAAGUCAAAUGAUAAAUGCCUGUCUAAUCAAUUCUCCAAUAUGGGACAAACUUGAGAAACUAAACUUAAGUGAAAAUAUGAGAGCAAGAUUAGACCCCACAUUUACAGAGUUCCUAUUAAAGAUUGGAGAUGGGACAAUUCACACAGAAGCUAAUGAUUUAGUGAAAAUUCCACCUUCUAUCUUAGUUCCUUAUACUAAUGAAUCUGAUGCACUUCAAAAACUGAUCCAAAUGGUCUAUCCUGAAAUCACCAAUGGAUCACAAAUCUCAUCUCCUUUCUUAAACAAGGCAAUACUAACAACGAAAAAUCCAUUUGUUGAUGAGAUAAAUAAUGCUCUCAUAGAUAGAUACCCCGGAGAACCAGUUGAAUACUUGAGUUAUGAUGAGACAUUAAAUGAAAAUCAUCAGGCCGAAUAUAUCGACUUGCUGAAUACAUUGACUCCCAGUGGUUUACCGCCACACAGAUUAGUUUUGAAACCAAAUGCACCAAUAAUUCUCUUAAGAAAUCUUGAUCCAACUGAGGGAUUAUGCAAUGGCACAAGGCUUACAAUCAAACUCCUCAGUAAAAACAUCAUUCAUGCUACCAUAUCAUUUGGUGAAUUCUCUGGAAAAGAUGUAUUUAUUCAUAGAAUUCCAAUGCAACCACCAGCUGACGACCAAUAUCCAGUCCCAUACAAAAGGAUCCAAUUUCCAGUUCGCUUGUGCUUUGCAAUGACUAUUAACAAAGCACAAGGACAGACCUUAGACUUUGUGGAGCAAAAACAGCCUCAGCAGUUAGAAUACUAA